AUGACGCGCCGAAGCCGGGAACGCCGCGCGGCCGCCGGCGACGGAGACCCCGCCGGCCCCCCGCAUUACGCCCCCGACGAGGAGCGCCGCCUCGCCGAGGAGGUGCUCUACCUCCACUCCCUCUGGCGCAGCGGCCCGCCCGCCCCCGCCGGUCCUCCCGCGCGACCCGCCGGGGGCUCCCGCGCCACCCGCGCCAGCGCCGGAGGCUCCCGCCCCGCCCGCGCCCGCCCCAACCAGCGGAAGCGCCGCAGGACCGAGCGCCCCGCCGCGGAUUCCGAGGAGCCCGGCGCCGACUGGCCCCUCGCGCCCUCCCCGCCCGCCUCCCCAUCCCCCGCCUCCUGGCCCGACGCCGCCCCCUCCUCCCCCGCGCCCAGGCCGCAGCCGCAGCAGCAGCCUUCCCCCGCCUCGCUCGCGCAGCGGGACGCGCUCCGCGCCGCCGAGGAGUUCUUCUCCGCGCGCGGCGCCGAUGGCGACGACGAGUCAGAGGGGUCCGAGUCGGAGGACGGCGGCGACGCGGCGGCCGAGUUCUUCCUGGGGCUGUUCGAGCGGGACGCCGGGCUGCGGGGGUACUACGAGCGGAGCCACGAGGAGGGGGAGUUCCGGUGCAUGGGGUGCAUGGGGAGGAAGAGGAAGGGCAGGGGCCAGGCCAGGAGGUUCCGGGACUGCGUCAGCCUCGUGCACCACGCGCGCGACGCCACGCGCUGCGGCAGGCCGCUUGCGCACCGCGCGCUCGCCGCCGCCGUCUGCCGUGUGCUCGGCUGGGACGUCAAGCGGCUGCCCAGCAUCGUCAUCGACCCCUGCGGCACGCUCGGCCAGGCGCUGCUCGCCAGGGAGGGGGCGAGUGCCGCCGCUUCCACCGCCCAGGAGGCAAAGGAGAAUGUUGAUAGUGUGCACAAUGAUGGCGUGGAUGCAUUGAAGGAGGAUGUUGGUUCGGAGAAGAAGGGCUCCUUGAAUGAUGACAGGAAGGAGGAUGUUGAUAGUAGAAUGAAUGAGGCCGCAUUAAGUGAUGGGGAUGGAGCAAAGGACGGUGUUGAUACAGGGAAGAUUGGCCCUCCAAGUAAUAACAAUGAUGGAGAGGUUCAUGAGCAAGGGAGUGGUGCAGGAACUGCUGAAAAGGAAGGUGCUAUUGGCACUAAACAGGAGCAUCCUAAGAGUGCAGAUGAUAUGAGGGGCACUUGUAAUGUCAGACUAGAAAACAAUUCAUCAAAGGAAGAAGCUGCUACAGAGAAUAAGGAGGAGCAUACUGACGGUGUUGUUGACUCUCGAGAUGAUAUUGAGUUGAAAGUUGAGAUUGUGCUGUGUACACACGAACUGAAGGAGCACAUCCUGGCAUCUAUCCAAUUCGACCAUGUGGAGAAUGCGGGCGACCAUUUCCUAUUUUGUUUUGUGAAUUCUACCUGAGCAUUUCUCGAUUUUGCAGUUGUGUAGUUAAUCAACUGUUCUUCCGUGGCCCAACUGAGCAUAGCUCGUUCUCUCACUGGAGCACUCUCAUGUUAAAGAGAGAAGUUUCUCUUGUGGCCAGUCAGAUUCAGUUGCAAUUUCUUGAAAUGAAUGAAGCGAUGUGGUCCUUCUUUCCCUCCAAA